CGAUCGUCCAGGAAGUUCAAUCGAGCUUUGCAUAAGCAUCUACAGAACUAACAAUCUAUAAUAAUAUCCGUGAAGAAAUAUGGCUUUGAGACGUGCGUUGCAUUUUGUUUUCAAAGUUGGCGACAGGACCAAAACAGCUACAUUUUACCGAGAUGUGCUGGGCAUGAAGAUUUUACGCCAUGAAGAAUUUGAGGAAGGUUGCAAAGCUACUUGUAAUGGUCCCUAUGAUGGGAAAUGGAGCAAGACAAUGGUAGGUUUUGGACCAGAGGAUAACCAUUUUGUUGCAGAACUGACAUACAACUAUGGGGUGGGAGAGUAUCAGCUUGGUAAUGAUUUCUUGGGGCUGACUCUGCAGUCGAGUAAAGCUGUCAGCAAUGCUAAGCGUCUGGGGUGGCCUCUCACAGAGGUGGGAGAGGCUCUUUAUCUGACCCAUGCUCCAGGAGGAUACCCUUUCUACCUGGUUGACAAAGAACAGCCUCCUAGUGAUCCUGUACAGAAGGUUUGUCUGGCAGUAUCAGACCUCCAGAAAUCAACACACUAUUGGACUACACUCUUGGGAAUGAAGGUUAUGGAAAAAAAUGAGGAAAAGAAAACAGUGCUGAUGGGAUUCACAGACACUCAAUGUAAACUGGAGCUUCAUGAUAUUUGUGGGGCAGUAGAUCACAGAACAGCAUUUGGGAGAAUAGCAUUUUCAUGCCCAAGGGAGCAGCUGCCAGACCUGGAGGCUUUGAUGAAAAAAGAAAAUCAGAAAAUUCUUACACCAUUAGUCAGCCUGGACACUCCUGGAAAAGCCACAGUGGAAGUAGUUAUUUUGGCUGACCCAGAUGGCCAUGAAAUUUGCUUUGUGGGAGAUGAGGCUUUUAGGCAACUGUCCAUGGUGGACCCCAAAGGAAAUGAACUGCUUGAUAAGGCUAUGGCUGAAGAUAAAAGUGACGAGUGGUUUGCCAAACACAACAGACAGAAAGCUGCAGCAUGAGAUGGAGUCCACCUGAAAACUGUCCGCCAUCAUUUUAUGACAUUUAUAGGAGAUGCCUUAUAAGACAUCCAUGAUGUAAAUCUUGCUGUAGUGUUAGCUCCAUUAUGUUUUACCUGAACAUUUUUUGAAGCCCUACCUGUUAUCAUGCACAGCUGCUCUAAAAGCACUUAAAGGACCACUUCAGAGAGUUUUACUUUUUUUUAAUGGAUUAAGGUGUCAAAUAGUUUAUAUUAUGGUUAGCAAAAAGAAAAAGAUGUGGAAAAAUAUUAAAGUUAACACUGUUGUAUGAACUUGAAUCUUAUCUCUUGAAAAAUGACAUUAGUCAAUUAUUUGGUUUAAAUGAACUUUCUCAAUAAA